AUGAAGGAAGAUGAAGAAAAGCGUAGACAAGAAGAGAAAGAGGAAAAGGAGCAGCGUAGGGAGGUGAAGGAAAAGCGUAGACAAGAAGUCGAAGAGAUGCUUAGUGGUAAGUCGAAUAAAAUAGAUAUAUUAGAAGAAAAACAAAACUCUUUAGAUAAUAGAAAAGAACAACAACAAAAUUAUUUAGACAACAAAAUAGAGCAACAACAAAACUAUUUACACAGUAAAAUAGACCAACAACAAAAUCAUUUAGAAAAUAAAAUAAAACAGCAACAAAACGAUUUAAAGCAGCAACAAAACGAUUUAAAGCAGCAACAAAACGAUUUGAAAUAUAGUUUAGAAAAACAAAUAGUCGAGUUAGCAAACAAAAUUAAUAGCCAAGCUUCUUUAUCUCAUAUUGUUUCAGUUACUAAUGUCGAAUCCAAACAAACAGCCCUUUCAUCUUCCAUCGUUGAUCCAGGCACAAUUAGAAGUAGCAAAAUUUUAAAACCACCCACGUUCGAUGGCCAAACAGCGUGGGAAACUUAUCGUUUUCAAUUCAAAGCUGCAGCUAGAGCAAAUGGCUGGAAUGAAAACGAAAUGGCAGCUUCCUUGGUGGUGUCGCUUCGAGGACAAGCAGCGACUGUUUUGCAAUUUCUUCCCCAGGGUGCACCCAGUUAUACCUCUCUCGUACAAGCUUGCUUUAGAGACAAGAUAUGGCCAGCAACAUCUAAAACAGGUUUUCCAAAGUCAACUGAAAGUUAA